AUAAAAUAAGUGUGAAAUUAAUAAAAUGUUGUUACCACUUAGGUCAAAAGGUCACUCGCCCCACCUUGAAUCUCAGAGAGAGUAAAGUCAGAAAAUAAAGUUUGGUAACUUUUACUUCCGACCUGAAAGUCCCCACUCCCCACACCUUGACAUGGUCAUGGAUCCCAAGAAGAAACCAAACAGAGAUCGACACCUUAAAGUCGAAGGAAGAGGUCGAAGAGUUAGGUUACCUCCACUUUGUGCAGCGAGGAUUUAUCAAUUGACUAAAGAAUUAGGUCACAAAUCAGAUGGUGAGACUCUUGAAUGGUUGCUUCAACAAGCUGAGCCAUCUAUAAUCUCUGCUACUGGAAAUGGAAUCAAACCCAUUGGAACCACCACCACUGAGUCUGUCUCUCAACCUCCUCUCACGGCGGAUUUGAUGGUUAGUCAUAACGUUGAAGGAGCUUCAAGGACUCAAAUGGGGGCAAAUGAAACAGAGCAAACCACUGGAGGGUUUGAUUUGAAUUACGGAAUUGGUUUUGGUUUCAAUGGUGUUUCAGAGAUUGGUUUUGGAAAUAAUCAAACGCAUGGACUUGAAUUAGGUUUGUCUCAUGUUGGUGUUUUGAAUCCACAGGUUUAUCAACAAAUGGGUCAAGAACAGUCUAGGGUUCUUCAUCAUCAUCAUUCUUAUGAAGAUGAGCAACAGAGUGCAGAGAAAAAUGGUUCUUAAAGCUCAAACCUUUAAAUGGCUUUUACUUAGAUUUGCAUAUAUAAAUUUAGUGAGAAUAUGAUUGCUGAAUUCUCAAACUUGAUAACUUUCAAGGAAAUGCAUUUUGUGGCACAAUGUGCUUAUUCAUAGCUUAUUUUACUUAGGUCAGCAAGAGAACAUUGGUUCUCAAAGCUCAAACCUUUAAUGGCUUUUACUUAGAUUGUGCAUAUAUAUAGUGAGAGGAUAAAUUAUGCUUUUGCUG